CUCGGCUGGAGGCGUCACAGCGACGUGAGGCAGACUGGAAGGGAUGGGGACCGUAUGUGUGUGAUCGGUCUUGGGGAACAGUUCGGGAGGACUACUCGGCCGAUGGUGAUGCAUGGUCAUACUUUCGCAUGAUCAUGCAAGAUCUCGCGCGUAUCGAUGGGCAGAGGAUGGGCUCGGUGGCUGGUGUAACCGAUUCCAGAACAGUGUCAUGGCCCUGGCUCUGUGGAAUGGUCUCGAUCCCAUCCUCAAGGAGCGCUUGUUCGGCGUCACUGGGCCCGAAGGUCCACAUGGCGAAGAUGUGAAGGAGUAUUACUUUCAUACUGAUGGCGUGCCGACGCACGCUUACAUGGCGAUGUUGUACAAGUACCCACACGUUGAGUUUCCCUACGCCGAUCUGGUUGACGUGGCCAAGACCUCAGGGCUUUGGGACGAUGAGUAUGAGCUUGGACAUGCGCUGGAGGAUGCGUUUGCUGCCCGGGCCUACUUUGAUGUGGAGAUCGAGUUUGCCAAGGUUGCCGGUGAUGACGUCUUCCACAUUGUGACGGUGACGAACAGGUCUGAAACCGAUGCGGCACCGAUCCACGUCCUUCCGCAUGUCUGGCACCGCAACACUUGGUCGUGGAACGCAACCAAGCCACCGUCGGAGCCGACGACGCUGGCGCCGUACGAGUCAUCCUCGUCGGACGAUGACGUCCAUGGCGGGGUUGAUAGAGGUGGCGCAAGCUGCGGCGGCGAUCCUGGCCCCAUCUCCGACAACGCCUUCCAGGCAACCAACGCAUCUGCGCGGUUGACCACCGUCCGCUGCGACCCCAAUGCCGUCAAGCCAAGCAUUCGGUACUCGAAGGCGCGCGGCGGCCUAAUCACCAAUCACAAGCAUCUGGGCAAGCGCUACUACUACGUGGGCGUUGAAAGCGUUGGCUGCGACGGCGGCAUCGAGCGGGUUGCAAGCCGCGACACGUUCCUCUUCACCGACAAUGAGACCAACUACCAAGCAGUGUUUGGCGUCGAUCCGCCGGACGGCGCCUCGCCGUAUACCAAGGACGCGUUCCAUCGGGCUGUGGUGGACGGAGACGCCGGUGCGGUCAACCCCGAGGCGCGCGGGACCAAGGCUGCGUGCCACAUUGUCCGCACACUUGGGCCUGGCGAAGCGGUCCGGAUCUGGGUCCGCUACGCACCGAAGCCAACGGACGAGCCGUUUGCAGACGCAGCAGGCGUGCUCGCGGCGCGCAAGGCCGACGCCGAUGAGUUUCACGCUGCACUGCUGGCGCGAUGGGCGGGCGGCGCCAAGGUGAGCGCCGAGAGGGCAGCGCUUGUUCGGCGGGCGGUGGCAGGCAUGCUGUGGACCAAGUCGUUCUUCCACUUUUCGGUCCAUCUCUGGCUCCGCGGCGAUAGCCUGCAUCCUGCGCCGCCUGCGUCGCGGCUCUCGGGCCGCAACGCCGAGUGGGGCCACUACGUGGCGUCAGACGUGCUCACGCUGCCGGACGCGUGGGAGUAUCCGUGGCCGGCGGCGUGGGAUCUGGCCAUCCAGUGUGUCACGCUUGCGCUUGUCGAUGGCGAGUGGGCCAAGCGGCAGCUCAUUCUGCAGCUCCGCGACUGGUACAUGCAUCCUGCGGGCCAGCUGGCGGCGUACCCGUGGGACUUUGGCGAUGUCAACCCGCCGGUCCACGCAUGGGCGGCACUCAAAGUGUAUCGGAUGGAGCAUGCACGAUGCGGGCGGCGCGACACGGUCUUCCUCGAGCGAGUCUUCCACAAGCUCAUGCUCAACUUUACGUGGUGGGUAGCGCGGAAGGACGCCGACGGGCACAACGUGUUUGCCGGCGGCUUUCUUGGCCUCGACAACAUCGGGGUCUUUGACCGAUCGGCGCCGCUGCCGGACGGGACGACGCUGGAGCAGUCGGACGGGACGGCGUGGAUGGCGCUGUUCUGCCUCAACAUGUUUGACAUGGCGAUCGAGCUCGCACUUUACGCAUCGCCGGCAUACGAGGACACGGCGACCAAGUACUUUGAGCACUUUGUGCUCAUCUGCAACGCAGCGUACAACAUGGGCUCGCACGGUGGGGCGCUUUGGGAUCCGGUCGACGGCUUCUUCUACGACAUGCUUUCGCAAGACGACCACACCGAGCACAUCCCGCUCAAGGUCCGGUCGUUUGUGGGCCUCAUUCCGAUCUUUGCGGUGACGACGGUCUCCGGCGAGGCGCUCAGCCAGCUGCCGGCGCUCUCACGGCGCAUCGCCUGGUUCCGUACCUACCGCAGCUCGAUGCUCGCGGUCCUGCCGUCGGUCUCGCAGGUCGAGGACGACGGCUCGCUCUUCCUCUCGAUGGUUGCGCAGGAGCAGCUUGAGUCGAUCAUGGGGUACGUGCUCGACGAGGACGAGUUCCUCUCGCCGCAUGGCGUGCGGUCGCUCUCGCGGUUCCACCGCGACUCGCCGUUCAGCAUCGAGAUCGGCGGCCAGACCCUGCAGAUCGGGUAUGAGCCCGGGGUCUCACGGACGCACGCAUACGGUGGCAACUCGGGCUGGCGCGGCUCGGUCUGGUUCCCGGUCUGCUACCUCCUCAUCGACGCGCUGCGCAAGCACGGUGCGCACUACAGGGACACGCUGAAGUUUGAGCUGCCGACGCGGUCGGGCCGGCUUGUGGCACUCUACGAUAUUGCCGACGAUCUCGCACGCCGGCUUGUUUCUCUGUUCGAGAAGCCGUCGUCGCCGGGUCUACCGCCGGUGUACGCGCCACCGACGCCGGCUUGCUUCGGCAGCGGUGACUUUGCGGACUGCACGCUCUUCUACGAGUACUUUGAUGGCGAGACUGGGCGCGGGCUCGGCGCAUCGCACCAGACCGGGUGGACUGGUCUUGUGGCAAAUCUCAUCGUCGAGCUUGCGGGUGGCGGCGAGAAUGGUGUUUAACGACGAUGCGGCGAGAGAGGGCUACAGGCCCUUGGCCUUCUUAAGCAGCGGCUCGGCCGAGGGAGCCACCGAGGUGCCGAAGCGCUCCUUGCGCUUGCGGCGGAGCUCGGCCUCCUCCUUGUCGGCGAGCUCCUUGGGGAGCUCGGUGCCAAAGCGGGCGGCGCGGGCCUUGAUGGCGGCAGCGUCAAGGACGGGCUUGGGCCCGAUGGUGGGCGCCUUGCGGCGGGCGGCAAGAGUCUCCGGCAGCGGCUUGUACUCGGUGCCGAAGCGCUCCGCGCGAGCCUUGCGCUUGGCCUCGAGCUCCUCCAGCUCGCGGAGCUUGAUCAUGGCCUCCUCCUCGGGGGUGUACUUGACCGGAACACCAAAGCGGGCAGCACGAGCCUUCCGCGCCUCCAGCGACAUGGGAUCAGCAGCAUCAUCCUUGACCGCAGCCAUGGAGAUGAUGCCCGGCGCAGCAGAGGCCGAUGACGACGACGGCGGAGCAGCACCAGUAGCGGUAGCGGCAGCAGCAGCAGCACCACCACCAGCAGCAGCGGCAGUAGAAGCACCAGCAUCAGC